AUGCUCAAAUCUCUAUUUGGCAAGUUUAGACUUAACUUAGUCAUUAUAAAGUAGUUCCAAGCCAGCCAUGUCGAUUUUUCACGGCCCUUGCUUUUCUCAGCCCUCUUUCUUGCCAUUCUGAUUAAAUAGCCUAAGGGUGUGCUGUUCUAUUGGGACGAGUGCUUGCACUCACAGCUGGAGGUAAAUACAUUGAAUAAGCGUGUCGCACGUCAAUGGGGUUGCCCUUUCCAAAAAUUCAAUAAAUGUGAUUUUUCUGGUAGACUAUCGGCCUGAAUGAAACUUUCAGCCCAGGACGGGACUCCUAGUAUUGCGCUGAAAAUUUGAAGAGAAAGCCCUCUGGACUUGCUGGAUUAUCCCUUUCCAACUUUCAAGUUCUAUCUUCCUCGAGGUAAAACAUUGAAGGGGAUGUGAGCCUAUGGACAUUGAACUUAACCAGACAGUGAAAACCGGCUGGACACUUGGUGCAUAUGUUUAGGGCAGGUUACUCUUCAUACCAUUUUUAAGUGUGUGGCAAGUUGAGACAAGCCAGAAAAGCAGCCCAACCUCCAACAGGCACCCCUUAUUUUGAAAAACUUACCAAGCACAGGCAAAUUUUGCCUCUUUACGACCUUUACCCAAUCCACCAGCACUCUUUCGUCGCCCCAAAUGCUAGUCUUAUUGGCGAAGUCUUCAUUGGAAGAGAUUCAGCAGUGAUGUACGGUACUGUAGUAAGAGGCGACAUCAAUAAAGUGACCAUUAUGAACCAUUGCUAUGUAGGCGAAAACUCUGUGCUUCAUACCGCAGCAAGUUUACCUACAGGAGCUCAAGCAGAACUCAUUGUUGGCAUCAGUGCCUAUGUAGGGCCUAACUGUGUUUUAUAUUCCUGCAUUUUAGAAGACUUUUGCCAAAUUGGUGCAGGGACAGUUAUUUUGGAAGGAGCGAGAGUGGAGAAGUAUGCAAUAGUGCUUCCUAAUAGUGUGAUUCCACCUGGAAGACUUAUACCCUCAAAGCAAGUGUGGGGAGGCAACCCAGUUCAGUUUAUUAAGAAUGUUUAUGAAAUGGAUGAAGUUUAUUUAAGGGAUUCUAUAUCAAGCGAACUAAAAGCAGCUGGCGAGCAUAUAAAGAUUUAUUGUGAAUUGUUCAGUAGAUAAUCCAAGCUAUUUUUUAUAUGGAAAGUAAUAAGGAAAUAAGUAUAUGAGACAGUUGGAAGAUUUCGGUCAUGCGCAUAUGUAUGACUCUUAA